UAUAACACUACCGUCCUAACCGCCAAAAUUAAACCAUGCACAAUGAAUAGAAUACGUCAAUAGCAUAGCUACCCUUUCCCGGCAUCUAAAUUUUGUCCCACAUGCACACAUUGACACACCUCCUCUUAUAAAUUAUGUGAUCACAUUCACAUUUGUCACUCGCCCCACCAUUAAUAUUAUCUAUACAUAUAUUUGCUCUCAAACAUUUCAAAACCAUUAUUUAUUUAUUUUUUCCCUCAAACAGAUUGACCAACACCACCAUUAUUCUCGCAAUGGGUAGCCUUGGUUUUAGCUAUGACGACUCAGCUCCAUUUCCCCAAACUGAUCAUGUUGAUCAACAACAAUUCAAGCCCUUAGACCCUGAAGAGUUCCGCAAACAAGCUCACCAAAUGGUUGACUUUAUAGCCGAUUACUACGCUAAAAUCGAGUCCUACCCGGUCCUAGCCCAAGUCCAACCGGGUUACCUCAGAACCCGGAUACCCCAAAACGCACCGUAUCGCCCCGAGCCACUCGAAACCAUCUUCAACGACAUUAACCGCCACAUCAUUCCCGGCAUGACCCAUUGGCUCAGCCCUAAAUUCUUCGCAUUCUUUCCCGCCACCGUCAGCACCGCCGCUUUCCUCGGUGAAAUGCUCUGCACUGGCUUCAACUCCGUCGGCUUCAACUGGCUAUCGUCUCCUGCCGUGACCGAGCUCGAGAUGAUCGUCAUGGACUGGCUAGCCAACAUGCUCAAGCUCCCAAAAUGCUUCACGUUCGCCGGAUCCGGCGGCGGCGUGAUCCAGAACACCACGAGUGAGGCCGUUCUUGUCACUCUCAUCGCUGCGAGGGACAAAGCCCUAGAGAGAAUCAGCACCGACGACACGCGAAAUCUCGUCGUUUACUGCUCCGACCAGACCCAUUCGACGUUCACGAAGGCGUCGAAGAUGGCGGGAAUACACCCGAGAAACAUUCGGUCGAUCCAGACGAGCAUCGACGCUGGAUUCUGUCUCUGCCCCGUGGCGCUCCGCGAGGCCGUGCGGGAAGACGUGGCGGAGGGGCUGGUCCCGCUCUACCUCUGCGCUACGGUGGGGACAACCUCAACCACCGCCGUGGACCCACUCGAGCCGCUCGCCGACGUGGCAAGGGAUUACGGGAUGUGGUUCCAUGUGGACGCCGCGUACGGCGGGAGCGCCUGCAUCUGCCCUGAAUUCCGGCACUAUUUCAACGGCGUGGAGCGAGUUGACUCGCUGAGUCUGAGCCCACACAAGUGGCUACUCAGCUACCUCGACUGCUGUUGCCUCUGGGUCAAGAAACCAGAACUGCUGGUGAACUCGCUGAGCACGAACCCCGAGUACUUGAAGAACAAACUCAGUGAGUCAGACUCGGUGGUGGACUACAAGGACUGGCAAGUAGGGACGGGCCGGAGAUUCAAGUCACUCCGGCUAUGGCUGGUUCUCCGGAGCUACGGGGUCGAGAACCUCCAAAGCCACAUCCGGUCCGACGUCAGGAUGGCGAAGAAAUUCGAGUGGCUGGUGAGGUCGGACCCGAGGUUCGAGGUGGUGGUGCCGAGAUUGUUCGCACUGGUGUGUUUUCGGCUGAACCCGGACUCACCGGGUCGUAGCACGGAGUCGCUGAAUCGGAAGCUUCUGGAGUGGGUCAACUCGACCGGGAAGGCUUACCUGACUCACACCAUAGUCGGUGGGGUAUAUAUGUUGAGGUUCGCAGUGGGGGCCACACUGACAGAAGAGCGCCACGUCAUCGCCGCGUGGGAGCUGAUCGGAGAAGGAGCCGAUGAGGUGCUCAGAAGUCCUUGCAGGACUACGCAGUAUAUCCACACCACCGCUUCUAAUAUUGAGGUCAAGAUCAGCUUCAAUUCCCAACACAGCACAACAAAUAUGUGAUUACCUUAAAAGUCAUAAAUCAUUUUUUUUUUAUAGACAAUAUAGUAUUUCUUAUGCCUUUCAAAACGUAAAAAUCAAAAUAUCUGUUUAUGUAUUAAUUGUCUCAUUGUCUCGAUGACCAUUCAAUACUAGGAUAUUUCUCGAUUAUUAUUGUUUUAAAG